GAACCAAUCAGCUUCCGCCUUCCGACACUUCUCUAAAAUCAUCAGACUAACCAGACAACGGAGCGUCUGCUUUUUGAAACGGAAAAAGAGGUCUAUAAUCAUAUCGAAUCGGAUGCCAGUAUGAUUGGCAGGUGGCCACGCCUCUUUCCAGUGAUGUCACUGACAUUGCUAUGGGCGUGUUCAGUGGGGGCAGGUACAGACUGCAAGUCUAUGGCCAUUGAGACAGAUGUUCAGGUGGCAGAACAGGCACAGCAGCGCCACCUACAGGCUUUGUUUGACAAGUAUGGGCAAAACGGGAGUAUCUCCUUAGAAGGCCUGUACAACCUACUAAAGGGGGUGGGGCUAGACCGAAUCCGAAAAGUGAUGGUGCAUCACCAUAGCAACGGACAUAAUCACACACAUGCGCAUGAUCACACGCACGCUCAUGUGGACAAACUCACCACACACUCACAUCCCGCCACCAGCAAGAAGGGGGGUAUUGACCAUAACGUGGAGAAGAGUGACCCCAUCCCAAAAGUGCAGCCUGAUCCCACCUCUGGGAAGAAAAGCCAGUCAGAUGCUCAUCACAAUCUCUACAUGAAGAUGAAUCAGGACUUGACCACAACUUUGACUACACCGUCUUACGUCACAAAAUCACGGCGGACCAAUCGUAGCGCCGUCUAUGAUUUAACGCAGGACCACGCCUCCUUUAACUCCACCCAGGCCAAUGUAACGCAGUCUAACCACACCCACCAGACUGAGGACACACCCACCCAUGCGCAAGAUGAUCAUGAUCAGCAUGGACUUGACCAUUCGAGUCUAGCGUGUCUAAAUGCCUCCACAAUCCUGCAGUCACAUGGCAUGACAAAGGAAAUGGGUCUCUCUGUCAAGGACUUCAGUUACCUGUGCCCUGCCCUUCUCAUGCAGAUUGAUUCCAAUUCUUGCCUCUUGCAUGACGAUGACCAUUCAGAUCAUUCCCAUCACCACAACCACCACCACCAUCAUCAUCAUCACAGUCAUCAUCUACAUAAUCACACCAAUAACAGAAGCCCGAGGAAUGCUUCAGUUAGCAUUGCAUGGGUAGGAGGGUUUCUCUCCAUCACUUUGAUCAGUUUGCUGGCGUUAGUUGGUGUGGUUUUGAUCCCACUCAUGAACAGAGUUUGCUUCAACUUCCUGCUGAGCUUCCUGGUGGCCCUUGCAGUGGGAACUCUGAGCGGAGACGCUCUCCUCCACCUCAUACCACAUUCUCAGAGUCAUCACCAGCACGGCCACUCUGAGCAUCAUCACCACGGUGAAGAGGUGGAAGAGGAUUCCCUUCGGCCGGUGUGGACGGGGCUCACAGCUCUGAGUGGAGUGUACAUCAUGUUCCUCAUCGAACACUUCCUGACCCUCGGCAAAAUGUACAAGGACAAAAAACAGAAGGUGCAAAAGAGGGUUGAUUUCACCACAGAAGUUUUGGAAUCUGAGAAACUGCCGUCAUUAGAAGACAAUGAUGUCAAGACGAUUGAGGGUAAUGCUGAAACAAAUGGUGGAAGUGCAUGUGGACGGGGUGUUGCGGAGGAAGAGGAGGUGAUGUUGGGGGCAGAGCUCUACAAUGAUGUUGACUGUGAAAACAAAUGCCACUCCCACUUCCAUGACACAGUUGGCCAAUCAGAUGAGCAACAUCAUCAUCACCAUGACUAUCACCACAUACUGCAUCACCACCACUCCCAGAACCACCACCCGCACACACACACGCACCGACACACACACUCCUACUCGCACCAGCACUUCCAGGAGGCCGGCGUGGCCACGCUCGCCUGGAUGGUCAUCAUGGGAGACGGGCUUCACAACUUCAGCGACGGACUUGCCAUAGGGGCGGCUUUCACUGAAGGUUUGUCCAGUGGUCUUAGUACCUCAGUCGCUGUGUUCUGCCAUGAGCUUCCUCAUGAGCUUGGUGAUUUUGCAGUCUUGCUGAAGGCGGGUAUGUCAGUACGACAGGCCAUCCUGUACAAUCUGCUCUCAGCCCUGAUGGGAUAUUUGGGCAUGAUCACAGGCAUUCUGAUUGGUCAUUAUGCUGAAAAUGUUGCUACAUGGAUCUUUGCUCUCACGGCUGGGUUGUUCUUGUAUGUCGCUCUUGUGGACAUGGUACCGGAGAUGUUACACAAUGAUGCGAGUGAAGCAGGCUUCAGUCACUAUGGCUUCUUCCUCCUGCAGAAUGCUGGGAUACUCCUAGGCUUUGGCAUCAUGCUUAUCAUUGCUGUUUUUGAGCAGAAGAUACAACUUGACAUUGGCUUCUGACCUGAGGACCAUGCAGUAACAAGUUAAAAUGUUAACAAGAACAUCACUUCUAAAAACAUCACUCCACAAAAACAUCUGCUAACCUUGCUCUUUGACCCUGAAUUUUGCUUACCUGGGGUCCACCUGUUGAAAUGUCUGAGAUCUGAUUUAAUCUGUGAAAAGGUGGCAGCAACUUAAUAUGCACGAAUAAUUAUCAUCUUAUUUGUGGUUUGUGGGAGUAAAAGUAUUUGUGUUGACUGUUACAAUUUUUAGUAUAAAAAAGAAACUUGAGCCACAUUAAGAAUGUGGAGGUGUUUUAUUUUUGUUAGUGUUGUACAGUUGCUAUUGAAGCGAGUUACAUUUGUUCAUUUUGCACAUGCUGUCUCCAACAUUCCAGUAAAGUAUUGAGUAUCCCAUGA